UGAAGAAGUUCUUCACAGGGGUGGAUUUGGACGAGUUCGAAAGAACUGUUGGUCCAAUUCUACCUUCUGUUGAAGAGCUUGGAGUGCCACCUAUGACUGGAAAACUAGGUUGCUCGGUUGAAGGAGGAGGCAAAAGGCGGAUUUUCCCCAUUGGAAACUAGAUCAAUCAGAGGUUCUUAUUGGCUAGCUUCAUUGCAACAAAUGAAAAGGAUACCAAUGUUAAUCAAGAAGCUCCUCUUGAUCGAUUAGUUGGCAAUAAACACUGCUUCUCUUUUGACUUAAAGUCGGCCACAGAUAGGUGGCCUUUAGUCUUUCUGUUUGAAGUGAUGCAGUAUUUAUUCGAUAGGUCGUUUGCUUGUGCUGUUGUUAAUUCAACAUUAGCAUGCAACAUAUUUGAGGUAAACUUUGUUAGGAAUCCGAAUUCAAGGGUCUCGUUUGUUGCCGGAUAACCUCUCGGUUAUCAUGCCUCUUGGCCUUUAUUUGCUUCACAUCCAAUUUUGGUGUGGUAUUGUGCAGAAAAGGUGUAUCCGGGAUUGUACUUUGACAAGUAUGCUGUACUCGGUGAUAACAUUUUCAUUGCUGAUCAGGCUGUAGCCAAAGUAUAUGAAGAAUCCCUCCAAAAUUUGUGUCUUUCUAUUUCAUAUCAGAAAUCCCUGAUUUCGGAGAGUGGUUCAGCUGAGUUUGCAAAACGGUUUAGGGUAGAGUGUAAAAUUGGAGUGUGGACUUAAGUCCUAUCUCGAUUCGAUCUCUACUCAAUGCCCAUCACCCUUGGGGUGCUAUGGCAAUACACUUGAAAUAUCGGGUUAAGAGGUUAUCAACUCUUGCUCGUAUAUCAGGUUGUAGUUUUAAGCGUCUCGACUGGACCAUCCUAGAAAGGCCCACAUUGAGCGCAUUCUUCAUAUGUGGACCAAAACUUCUUUCGCACUGGAUUUGUGGUUAGGAAUAGGUUGUCCUCUCCACCCUUAUCUCAAAGGUGUGCUUUUGGCUUCCAGUUACCAGAAAAGGGACCUUCGCCCAAGCCGAGCCACUAGUAGAGUAAGCCCUUCCCACGUGUCAAGGUGAAGAAAUUCAUAAUGCAGCCUCAACCAGAGAGAUCAACCUUCGAUUUAUAUUUUUUUUAGGCCGCCGGCGGCGCAGAACGCACUAAUCCGCGACCAGCUUCCGAAACCGAACUGAAUGGAAUUGUUACUUUCCAAAAAUGCUUGCUGAAAAUCCAAGCCAAGAAAGAAGGUCCAUUUUCCCACGUAGUUCGUCGGUCAAACCAACGAUUCUCUUCUCAAAGGUUUAGAGAGAUCUUUUUCUAGUUAGACUUCUAUCAAUACAAUGAAAGAACCAUCCCUUCCUAUUUGUUUGUCCUGUCAGAUAGAAAGAAAAUGAGACCCCAAAGAGCCCUUACUUUAGGGAGUGGGGAUGAAGGGGGGGGUUUACAUACAACUGAGGCAAAGUGGUUUAUGAUUGAAUCUCAGAGGCAUUCUUAUCAUUUGGUAGAUCCAAGUCCAUGGCCUAUUUCGGGUUCACUCGGAGCUUUGGCAACCACCGUAGGAGGUGUGAUGUACAUGCAUCCAUUUCAAGGGGGUGCAACACUUCUCAGUUUGGGCCUCAUAUUUAUCCUAUAUACCAUGUUCGUAUGGUGGCGCGAUGUUCUACGUGAAUCCACGUUGGAAGGACAUCAUACCAAAGUCGUACAAUUAGGACCUCGAUAUGGUUCUAUUCCGUUCAUCGUAUCGGAGGUUAUGUUCCUUUUUGCUUUUUUUCGGGCUUCUUCUCAUUCUUCUUUGGCACCUACGGUAGAGAUCGGAGGUAUUUGGCCCCCAAAAGGGAUUGGGGUUUUAGAUCCUCGGGAAAUCCCUUUUCUUAAUACCCCUAUUCUCCUUUCAUCCGGAGCUGCCGUAACUUGGGCUCAUCAUGCUAUACUCGCGGGGAAGGAAAAACGAGCAGUUUACGCUUUAGUAGCUACCGUUUCACUGGCUCUAGUAUUCACUGGCUUUCAAGGAAUGGAAUAUUAUCAAGCACCCUCCGCUAUUUCGGAUAGUAUUUAUGGUUCUACCUUUUCCUUAGCAACUGGCUUUCAUGGUUUUCAUGUGAUUAUAGGUACUCUUUUCUCGAUCAUAUGUGGUAUUCGCCAAUAUCUUGGUCAUCUGACCAAGGAGCAUCACGUUGGCUUUGAAGCCGCUGCAUGGUACUGGCAUUUUGUAGACGUGGUUCGGUUAUUCCUAUUUGUAUCUAUCUAUUGGUGGGGAGGUAUAUGAAGGAACGAAUAAAUGGAUUGAGGAAUGAGAGCUCGAAGACAAAGAGAACCGGGCUUUUCCAAAGAA